AUGUUUAAACCAUGGCGAAAAUUAGAAGAUCUUAAAAACGGAUGUGAUAAUUAUACAGAAUCAUUUCACAAAAUAAAAUUACAUCUUCUAGAAGCAUUACAAUAUCAUGAAAAAAUAGAGGAAUUGCAAAAAGCAUUUGAAACUGCAAAACAGUUAGUUCAGAAAUAUUUAGACAACGAAUUAAACAAACAGAAUAUUUUGCAAGAUGAUCCAGAAAAUCCAAUAGGUAUUCAAAAUAUAGAAGCUGGUGAAGCAAUGCAAGAUUUCAAAGAUCUUGGUGAGAAAAUAGAUAAAGAUGUUGAUGUAUGUGAUAUGAUAGCAAAAUUAAAUCUAGAUCAAAAACGUGUGUUUGAUACAGUCGUUACAGCUGUAAAAUCGGAUAAAUCACCAUUACGAUUAUACGUUAGCGGAGAAGGUGAUACUGCUAUAGCAGCUCCUACUGGCAUUGCAGCGUUUAACGUAAACGGUUUAACAGUUCAUAGACUACUUCAAUUGCCUGUUGAACACGGUUUUAUUCGUAAAUAUAAACAAUUAUCUGAUCAUGUAUUAAAAGUUUUACGAGCAGAUCUCGAAGAUGUUAUUCUGAUUAUAAUUGAGGAAGUGUCGAUGAUAUCUAAUUUGACUUUAAUGUACAUACAUCUUCGAUUGUGUCAAAUAUUCGACACUACUGAUACUGAUGACGGUUGGUUCGGUGGAAAACACAUUCUUCUAUUUGGAGAUUUGCUUCAAUUACCUCCAGUAAACAAUGAUUUUGUUUUUGUGAGCUUAUCAAAGAAAAAAAUUGAUAAAUAUCUUGAUUCAUUGGAGGCCACUAAUUUGUGGACUAGAUUGUUUGACUACGAUGAAUUAACAAUCAAUAUGCGGCACCAAGGAGAUGAAACUUACUGUGAGUUACUAUCAAGAAUUCGUAUUGGAUUAGUGACUCAGUCUGAUUAUUAAACGAAUUAUGUAAUUUUAUUAGUGAUGUUUUGGCAGAUACCGUAUGUUUACUACCUACUUGUCACAUGUGUGACGUUCUUAAUGCGGCAAUGCUAAAUCGAAUUACUUCUGAAGAAUUUAGUAUUACUUGCAGAAAAUAAAAUAAAGUGUAAUUGCUUUGUAGAAAGAAAGAUUGUAAAAACAUUGUUAAGUCAUGAAGAUGAUACUUCAAGAACAGCUGGACUUGCGAAAAAAAUUAUUAUUAAAAUUGGAGCAAAAGUUAUGAUAAGACGUAACAUCGAUGCUAGCAAAGGCCUUGUAAACGGUACAAUAGGUAAAGUGAUUUCCGUUGUUAAAAAUGUAUGGAAUAAUAAUAUAGAAAAAAUAAAUCUUCUUUUGCCGUCAGGUGAAGAAGAAUUUUUAAUUGAAAGAAUAUGUGUCAAAUUUCCCGUCAUGGAAGAAAUAUAUGUCAUUAGAAAACAAUUUCCAUUGUGUCUGAGUUAUGGAAUUACUAUUCACAAAAGCCAAGGAUUGAGUUUGCAGAACGCUAUUAUGGAUGUAGGUAAUUCUGUAUUCAGUCCUGGUCAAAUUUAUGUUGCAUUGUCUCGAGUAACAUCUUUAGAAGGACUGUAUUUAAUUAAUUAUGAUGCUUCAUCUGUAAAAGCUAGUGAAGAAGCUAUUAUUGAGUACAAUAGGUUAAAAAAAUUACAUAAACCUGAAGCAGAAAUGAUUCGUGUUUCAAACCAAAAGAUUCGUAAGGUUAAAGAUAAUAAUCGAUGGACUUCAUCAAAAGAAUUUAGUUCUGUACAAGAACCACAUCAAAAUGUUCAAAAAA